AGUAAAAUUUUAGCUUUUGCGAAAGGAACUGAGGCUGCUGGCAGAGGAAGCACACUAGCAAUUGCAGCAUCGAAUCAAUAACAGGUGUGUGAAGAUGCCCAAACCUGUCAUCCAAGAAAAGGGAGUGACCGUCAUCUCUGUGGCAGCUGACCGUAAGAGCAUGUUUCUACCACUGUGCCUAAUCCUGAAGGCGCUUUGCCACAGUCCAUGCUUCUUGUUGUUCCAAGGUCCCAUGCAGACUAGCGCCACUACUGCUAUUGGGACUAUACAGAUCAUGGUGGGCCUGUUCAACAUUGGACUUGGGCCAGGACGAACAAGCACAUAUCCUGGGGAUUUGACCAGCUUGGGAGCUGCUUACUGGCUGGGUGCUGUGUUUAUUGUAACUGGAAUCAUGUCAAUUCUGGCUGGACAGUUCCCUUCAUCCUGCUUGGUGGGCUUCACUGUGUUUAUGAACAUUGUUGGAGCUAUCUUCGCCAUUACUGGCAUUGUGCUGUAUGCCAUAGACCUGACAGGUUCCUCUCUCCUCUGGAUUUGUGACCGCAGCAGAAACAAUGCUGAUCAUGCUGACAACUGCAGAAAUCUGGCGCUCUUAGCCCAGAAAUUGUUAACAUCCAUGGACUCCACACUGAUUGCAAUGGCUGCUCUUCAGCUGUGUGUCAGCAUUAGGUUUGCUAUUCUGGGCAUCAGGGCUUUGACCAGUGAAACGAAAAAGGAAGAGGGUAGCGAAGAUGUUGAAGAUCAGCGGCCACUGUUGAAGGUCGUGCUCCUGACCAGUCCUGGUGCUUAAAAUCAUUUAAACUUAACACAUGGAUGCAUGACUAUGAAUUACCUGCACGUCAUUGUAAUACUAAUAAUAAUGUAUGCUUUUACAAACAGUACACAUGCUGAGAGUAAUCAAAACUGAUUUGUAUCAAGGACACUGACAUUUUAUUUUCCAAUCUGUGUUUUUUUUGUUUUUUUUUAAUAAACUUGCUUGA